AUGCACUUCCGCCUUCUCGCCGGCGCUCUGGUCUGCGCGCUGGCUCUUGCGGCCCCGAGCUGCCCUGCGCCAGGCCAGCCCACAGGACCCGACUCUCUCGGCACUCUUCAGACGCUCAAAUACAACUAUCUGAGUGCGGCGAAUAACGGCACUUCUGCUGUCCUGGUGCACGACCGCCUGAGCAACUCCCAGGCCAAGGAGCGCUGUGCAGCCAUCGGAGAGAGACUGUUCCCUUUGCAGACUGCCCCCUACGCCAACCGCACCGAGCUGGGGUAUCAACUAGACUACCUUGUCUAUACAAACGACCUUAAUCCGGACGACGAUGUGUGGGUUGGAGGCAACUGUCAGGCUUACUCCCUUCGCCAGAGACGUGCAGUUCCUGCUCCGUGCAACCGCCCACUUGCGGCCAUCUGCACCUCCAAUGUCCCCCCGACGAGAGAUAUAGAUAGAACCGUCGUGGCCUCGUCCAAGAUCACCGUCCGAUCCAACGACUACACUCUGACCGGAUACCGCGAUGCGCGCUCGUUCCGCUUCCUCGGGGUCCCCUUUGCAGACCCUCCUGUUAACCAGCUGCGUUUUGCACCACCGCGCGAAUACUCCGGGCGUAAAAGCAUUGACGCUACGCAGCUUGGGAGCUCGUGUACCCAAACAGUUUCCGCAUUCGGAGCCCAGCAGAACAUCUCCGAAGACUGUCUGUAUCUCAAUGUGUUCACCCCUAUCCUGCCCAACCGCGCCGGCACUGUGCGGCGGCCUGUCGCCGUCUACUUCUACGGCGGUUCCUUCACCUCUGGUACUGCGUCCAUGAUUGACUACGAUGGCGGGAACUUUGCAAGCCGUAACGAUGUCGUUGUCGUGACAGUCAACUAUCGCGUUGGCGCACUGGGGCUGCUGGCCACGGGGAACCUCACCACCGGCAGCUACGGCAUCAUGGACCAGAUCGCGGCCCUCAAAUGGGUCAACAGCAACAUCGCAGCAUUCGGUGGCGAUCCGGCCCAUGUCACCAUCUUCGGCCAGUCCGCUGGUGGCCAGAGCGUCAUCGCGGUGCUCUCUUCGACUGCUGCGCGCGGUCUCUUCUCUGGCGCUCUCGUCCAGUCUGCGCCAGUCGACCUCCCAUGGCAGACGCGCGAAGUCUACACGAAGCUCAUCACGCCGUAUAUCGCUGAAGCCGUGGGAUGCGCCAACACCACAGGCGAGUCCUCGCUGCUGUCCUGCCUCCGCUCCGUACCAGCAACCAGGUUCCUCGGCAAUUCCAGUGCAUUCUCAGAUGCAUUGGGCGCUAUUGCAGAAGACGUAUCCUCCAACUGGCUGCACGUCUCGUCACUUCUGGCCUCCAUCGAGCCCUUCAUGCCUGUCGUUGACGAGUCUGGCACCGGCGUGAUAGACGACCAGUUCCACACGCUGCUCGCUACAAACCGUCUCCCCAGCCGCGUUCCAAUCAUGUUCACCACCGUCUCCGAAGAAGCAUCCAUCUUCGUCAAUGGUCUAAUAGACAACCUCGGGUCCGAGCAGGCAAGUCUCAACUUCCUCUUAGAAUUCGCAUACCCGCCCGACCUCGCCAGCGCCCUCGUCAACUCCUCCGCCUUCCAAACAGACCGCGCCCAAAACGACUCCGUACGCAUCAGAGGCGGCGAAGCCCUAACAGCCAGCGAAUGGACCUGCCCUCUCUCCCACCUCUUCCGCAACGGCGGCACAGCAACCCUCCCCACGCUCUACAACGUCGAAAUAACAGACGGCCACGCCCAGAAUAACAACCCCACCAGCGUCCCCGAAAUCUGCCUCCCAAACCCUAUCUACAACGCAACCUGCCACGCCAGCGACGUCCUCCCGGCCUGGGGCACCCUGAACAGCAAGACCCUCAAUGUGCAACCCUACCACGGCGUGCGCGACCUGCACCACUCGCAGUAUCUGAAUGAUGUCUUUGGGGCGUUCUUUCGGACGUAUGACCCCAAUCCGGACGUGGAGAUGUUGAGGCUGCGUGGGCCGGCUUAUGCCGCUUCGUAUCGCAUUUUUGGGGAGGGUGGGUAUCGGAUUGAGAAGCAUGAUACUGAGGAGGAUACGCUUGCGUCGUUGGGGAUGCCGCCGUCUAGGGCGAGCAACCCCGGUGUUUCAGAGAGGUGUGCAGUGUUUGAGGAUUAUGGGUUUACGUUUGAGAAUGCGGGGUUUACUUAA